UUCCUACAGAAGAGAAGGCUGAAUCUAGUGCCUAACAGUGCCACUGCUCCUUUGCUCUCAAAGCUCAAGCCCCUCUGCUGCCCACACUUGCAAGGACCCUGCAGCAAAAGUGAUGGCUCCCCUACAGCAGAGGAUUUUGAUCCAAGGGGGGAAAGUGGUGAAUGAGGACUACUCACAGCUGGCUGAUGUAUAUGUGGAGGAUGGUGUAGUGCAGGCAGUGGGACCGAACCUGCAGCCUGGGACAUCUGCUGGGCUCCUUGUGAUAGAUGCCUGCAACAAACUGGUGCUACCUGGGGGGAUUGACACCCACACACACAUGCAGUUCCCCUUCAUGGGCACCCAGUCCAAAGAUGACUUCUACCAGGGAACAAAGGCUGCUCUAGCAGGAGGCACCACUAUGAUCAUUGAUUUUGCAAUACCUCGGAAAGGCUGUUCCCUUGUUGAAGCCUAUGACACAUGGAGGAGUUGGGCAGACCCUAAAGUCUGCUGUGAUUACACACUGCAUGUAGCAGUUACAUGGUGGAGCAGCCAGGUCAAGGAAGAAAUGAGAAUUCUUGCUGAGGACAAAGGUGUCAACUCCUUCAAGAUGUUUAUGGCCUAUAAAGAUUUGUAUAUGGUUGGCGAUAGUGAAUUAUAUGCAGCUUUUUCCCAGUGUAAGCAAAUUGGAGCAAUUGCUCAGGUCCAUGCAGAGAAUGGGGAUUUGAUUGCAGAGGGUGCGAAGAAGAUAUUGGCACUGGGGAUAACUGGCCCUGAGGGACAUGAACUGUGUCGUCCUGAAGAGGUCGAAGCAGAAGCCACAAUGAGAGCAAUCACCAUAGCAAACUCAGUUAACUGCCCUCUAUAUGUAGUUCAUGUAAUGAGCAAAUCUGCAGCGAACGUGAUAGCUAAUGCACGAAGAGAAGGGAAGGUAGUAUAUGGGGAACCUAUUGCUGCUAGUCUUGGUACAGAUGGCACUCACUACUGGCAUAAGGAAUGGCAUCAUGCCGCAGGACAUGUCAUGGGACCUCCACUGAGGCCAGACCCUUCAACACCUGGUUUCCUCAUGGACUUAUUGGCCAAUGAUGACCUAACUGUGACGGGAACUGACAACUGCACCUUUGACAUCUGUCAGAAAGCUCUGGGGAAGGAUGAUUUCACCAAGAUCCCUAAUGGGGUGAAUGGUGUUGAGGACAGGAUGUCUGUCAUAUGGGAAAAGGGAGUGCACAGUGGUAAAAUGGAUGAAAACAGAUUUGUAGCAGUUACCAGCACAAAUGCAGCUAAAAUCUUUAACCUUUACCCAAGGAAAGGCAGAAUUGCUGUGGGUUCUGAUGCUGACAUUGUUAUUUGGGACCCAAAAGCUACAAGGACUAUAUCUUCAAAGACACAUCACCAUGCCAACAAUUUCAAUAUAUUUGAAGGAAUGACCUGCCAUGGACUCCCAGUUGUGACAAUUUCGAGAGGCAAAGUGGUGUAUGAAAAUGGAAUUUUCAAAGUCACAGCAGGAGAUGGAAAAUACAUUUCACGUAAACCAUUCCCUGAAUAUGUCUACAAAAGAAUCAAGCAGCGGGAUGAGGUCUGCCAGCCUGUCGCUGUCAAACGAGCACCAUAUGAAGAAGUGUGCUCAGACCAUGCCAGCAGCGGAGGAAAAUAGGCACACCCUGGAAACGAGGCUCUUCCAGAUAAAGCUGGAUGAAAAUGAUCCUGCUCGCCCCAUCUGGGCAAUGCAUUCUGAUGCCGGUUGUGAGCAAGUCCAACACAACUUCUGAAGAGCCAAAAUUUACCAGCUGCAAAAAUAAGCACUAUAAGUUCUUAGUAUGCUUUACUGACUUCAUGCUAUUAUACUAGUAAUUGCUUUAAAUGAACUUAGCCAACUGAAGCAAACAUUUCUAACAGCAAAGUAACACACGCACAAAGCUACUUUAACAUGACAGCUACUCUGCAAACUCCUAAAACUCUUACUGCUGGGAUGAUAUUUCCUUAUAUUUUACUUUGUAAAACAUUACCUACUAUAGCAAAAUAAGAAAGGUGCUAUAUUGCUUUCUAGGGUUUAAACAUGAGCUUCCUGUAUUCUUGCUCUGUAAAGCCAUAGAAGAUUAAGUCUAAUUUUCUUAUUUCACGUGUUAGGGAGGAGUUCUCUAUUCACAAAUUCACAGAUUACAGCCAGCAAGAGACCAUUUAUAAUCACCUGGUCUCAUCUUCUACACAACACAGGCCACAAAAUUGCCCCCAGUUAAGGUCACCAUAUUUCCCAAUGCUCAAUAAAGGACAUCUGGUAAAAGUA